UAGAUGAAAUUUGUGGAGUCCAUCCUAAGCAACAACACAACAGAUGACCAUUGCCAGGAAUUUGUGAGCCAAAAGGGGCUACUGCCCCUGGUCACCAUUUUGGGCCUCCCCAAUCUACCUAUCGACUUUCCAACAUCAGCUGCCUGCCAGGCUGUGGCAGGUGUCUGCAAAUCUAUACUGACUCUGUCACAUGAACCAAAAGUCCUUCAAGAGGGACUCCUCCAAUUGGAUUCUGUCCUCUCCUCCUUGGAUUUGCUGCAUCGGCCAAUUGAGUCCCCUGGGGGAUCAGUGCUGCUUCGAGAGCUUGCUUGUUCCAGCAGUGUUGCAGAUGCCACCCUUUCUGCCCAGGCCACCCCCCUCAUACAUGCACUCACAGCUGCUCAUGCAUAUAUCAUGAUGUUUGUUCAUACUUGCAGGGUGGGCCAGAGUGAAAUCCGUGCCAUCUCAGUGAAUCAGUGGGGCUCCCAGCUGGGUCUCAGUGUCCUGAGUAAGCUGAGCCAGUUAUACUGUUCCCUGGUCUGGGAAAAUACAGUCUUACUUUCACUGUGUACCCCUAACAGCCUCCCCUCAGAGUGUGAUUUUGGUCAAGUGGACAUGCAGAAGCUGAUUCCAAGAGAGGAAAAGAUAGCCCAGGGAGCCAAGAGAACAGAAGGAGAAACAGAAGGGUCAACAGGAAUCAUUGAGGCUUCCACCCAGGGUCUUUUGGAAGGCAUUGGACUGGGUGGAGACACCCUGACACCUAUGGAAACCGAUGAGCCUAAUACAUCAGACUCCAAAGGGAAAUACAAAAUCACACCAGCCAUGGCAGCAAGGAUCAAACAGAUUAAGCCUUUGCUGUCAGCCUCCUCCAGGUUAGGCCGAGCUCUUGCUGAGCUUUUUGGUCGUCUUGUUAAACUCUGUGUGGGAUCACCUGUACGCCAGAGGAGGACCCAUCAUUCAGCCAGCACUACUACUGCACCAACACCUGCCGCUCGGUCAACAGCCUCAGCUCUCACCAAGCUACUCACUAAGGGCUUAUCCUGGCAGCCCCCACCAUAUACACCUACACCAAGAUUCAGGCUGACAUUUUUCAUCUGUUCAGUUGGCUUCACUUCCCCAAUGCUGUUUGAUGAGAGAAAAUAUCCUUAUCACCUUAUGCUACAGAAGUUCCUCUGCUCUGGUGGCCACAGUGCUCUUUUUGAGACUUUCAAUUGGGCUCUUUCAAUGGGAGGCAAAAUUCCCAUAUCUGAGGGACUUGAACAUCCAGACCUGCCUGAUGGCACAGGAGAGUUUCUGGAUGCUUGGCUUAUGUUGGUAGAAAAAAUGGUGAACCCAACAACUAUACUUGAGUCACCACACUCCCUCCCUUCUAAGCUGCCUGGGGGUCAAAACUAUCCACAGUUUAGUGCCCUCCGCUUCCUUGUAGUGACUCAGAAGGCGGCUUUCAACUGCAUAAAGAACCUGUGGAACCGGAAGCCUGUAAAGAUUUAUGGUGGGCGGAUGGCUGAAUCCAUGCUGGCCAUCCUGUGCCACAUACUUCGGGGAGAGCCUGUUAUCCGAGAGAAACUAAACAAGGAAAAAGACGGAGCAAAAGCUGAGGAGGAAUCUGGGCAGGAAGAAGGUAGCUCCCGCCGAGGACCUCAAGUGAAUCAACAACAACUACAACAGGUAGUUCUUUCUCCCUUUCUGGGUAAAUGGGCUGAGGGGUAAAGUUGAAGUCAGUAGA